AUUCUCCAACUCCCUGGGAUGAAAUCACCUUUCCACUUUCAUCUUUCCAUUUAGUAGUGUGUUACAUGGGUGAGGAAGUCUGAAAUAUGAAGAGUGUGUAAAGCACACAGAUGUAGGUGCAGGAGUUGAGCAGCUUAUCAGGACCAAGAAAUUCAAAGGAUCCAAGGUCAGGACCAGAGCCCAGUUCCAUGUGAUCCCGAAGCCUAUUCAAGAUCUUUCUGUUCCUUCUUAAUCUUUUCUAAAGGAGAUCUGGCUUCUCCAUGGACUGAGAGCCAUGAUCCUGGGAGAAACCAUGUCCCCACCCUACAAUCUCUCCUCAAGACCCUGGACAGAAGAUGUCUGCUGACCGCUGGCCUCUCAAAGGCUCAGACCCAGGGCAUCUUCCUCCCUCUGACUUCCUAGGGAGAUGGACCUCAGCCACACCAAAGUGAUGUACUUCUGCCUAAGGCUGGCCUCACUCCCCACAGAAAGAGCCCCGACUCUGCAUGAGCUUGCCACCUCUUGGAAGAAUCUUCCUUCUGCAAGUCACUUCUGACUACAUAGUGUUAGGUGGAUGGAGAGUGUGUGCCUGGGUGCCUGCUCGUGUAUUUGUGUGUCUUCUAAAAAACUCCAGUCUUGCUCCACGGGAUGAAUUCUUGGAUAAUAGAUUUUUCAGCCAGGAAGCCAGAAACUGCAGAGGCACGAGUUAUUUUUUUGGCUGCGGCAAGUCUCCCAUCUUAGCUGAAGAGGGAAGCAAACUGUGCCUGUGUUUUCUGGAAAUGCUGACGUGUGGAGAUGGGACCUUAUUGAGGAAUUCACCAUGGCCCAGGGGAAGGGAGAAGAUAAAUGCUACCAGCCGGCUGCAACUUGAGCAAAAUUCAGAAACAAUAGAAUGUCAAUGUGAGAUCAUAGGAGGCUGUGGCAAGGGUGACAGAGAGCCAGGGCAACAGCUCGGUCCCCAGACAAAUGAGGACGUGGAUAAUGGGGGAUGGCACUCCAAACGCUGCUUUGAAAGGACGCCCAAAGAGAAGGCGGCAGGGCGGGCUCUUCCAACCCUGGACCUUCAGCUCAUCUUAGAGGAAGAGGGAGACUUAGCCGUGGUUUGGCAACCUGCCCACCCCUCUUCCCCCGCCACCCGCCCCUGCCCUCGGGGCCAGACUUGAUCGUGGUUUCCCAAGCACGGAGGGAGGGCCAGGUAUGGCUUUCCCCUGUCAUGCCAGUGUUUGUGCAGAGCACGGGCUUCAGGGCUCCUCUGGAAAGUGACUUAGCUAGAGCCAUGCUUUUGCCAGCGUGGCAGCUGUUACCACUUAUACCAGGAACAUCUGGCCUGAGGAUUGCAGUAAAAGUGACACUUGUCUACAGAGGAAAAAUGUUGAAGUCUACAUUUUGGACAUGCAGAAAUAAGUAAUGACAUUUAAUGUUUUCAGAACGUUGUUACACCGAGCAGUAAUCAUCUCAAACUAGGGCGCUCUCAUCAGCGGCUCUGUGUGCCCGGGCAUGCCUGGAAGGUUUGGGGGAGGGUCUCUUACCCCAAAUCAUCGCCCACAUGUAGACUUUGUCCUCUGCCAAACAAAAGCGAUGUAACUCACAAAACAUGGAGAGCAAGAAACCCAAUGUUUUAGGAAACAGGGAUCUGGAAAGAUAGGGCUAAGCGACAGACCUGUUCCUGGGUAAAUCAUAUUCCAAUGUUCAAGUUUCUUUGCAAGAGGGAGAGUUCAAAGAUGAUAGACUUAGGGGUCCCCCGUGAGUUUCCCUUCUGUGCUUUCUGGAAAAGAGGCAAUGCUGUCCUUUCUCUGCUAAUCUUCCUGGUUAAACAAGAUCUUCCAGCUCUUAGAACACUGCAUCUCACUUACUGUGGCAAUACUUGCAACAACUCCAGAUUUAGAUGAAGGGAAGGAAUUCAACAGGGUCAGGAAUUCUGUACAUCAAAGGGAUGUAUAGAAAAAGCUGAAGCCUAGAGAUGGAGGUGGCUGGGCACACUCUGCUCCCAAGCCUGAUGCCCUUGCCAAGAUGGACACAGAGCAUUGGUGCCUCCAUUUUCUCAUCUUCCAGGUUCUGUUUCCAAAAGUGAAGUGGAAUAGAUGAUGCUCAUUUGCUGAGGCUGGUCUCCACUUUGCUGGCAGCGUUGGGAGAAGAUGAUAUAAAGACUUCAGGGAGCUUGGCAGAGAUUCAGAUAAUCAAAUAAGAACACAUAGUUACAAACUCUGUGCUUUGAGUGAGAUCCACUCUCUGCAUAAAUUUAACAUUCUAUCACUAAUUAUGGGUGCCUUUUGAAUUUGAGAGUGUUAGCUGUGCCAAAGUUGCACAUGAUUGCACAUAAUGAUGCAUUAUUAAUGUGCAAAUACCAUCCAUAGCAUAUAGGCAACUGCAUAAGGUUUUGUCUUACCAGACAAGAACCUGUGAACCUUUUCUUAUUUUCUUAUAUUCUCUUCAACUAGGAAGAGGGAGCGAGAGAUAGGGUACCAGUUUCCUCAAAUACCAUUCAGCUGGGGCUGGAGCGAUAGCACAGAAGGUAGAGCAUUUAUUUGCCUUGCACAGGUAGGGUGUUUGUCUUGCACGCAGCAAACCCAGAUUCGAUUCCAGCAUCCCAUAUGGUCCCCCAAACACCGCCAGGAGUGAUUCCUGAGUGCGGAGCCAGGAGUAACCCAUGAACAUUGCUGGAUGUGACCCAAAAGAGAAAAAAAACCCAUUCAGCUCCCCUUCUCCCUCACUGCCCAACAACGUAAGCAAGAGGAAAUCAACCCUUGCUCAUGGAAAACUAUGCCUGGCCAAGCCCUUCUCUCUGUAUUCUCUGCUCAAGCUUUGUAACCCAUGAGGUCUGGAGAAGAGAGGAACAGGUGAAAGGCAGGACACUGACCUGUCCAGACUACAUACUUGAUCCAAAGCAGAAGAGCAGCAGACUUGAAGAUUAUGGAUCUAUAGUUUGAUAGAAAGUAACCACUGCAACGACCACCAUGGGCAGCAAAACCUUGCCAGCACCGGUGCCCAUCCAUCCAUCCCUGCAGCUCACCAACUACUCCUUCCUUCAGGCAGUGAACGGACUGCCCGCGGUGCCCUCGGACCAUCUGCCCAACUUGUAUGGGUUUAGUGCGCUGCACGCGGUGCACCUGCACCAGUGGACGCUGGGCUACCCCGCCAUGCAUUUGCCCCGCUCCUCUUUCUCCAAAGUGCCAGGCGCCGUGUCCAGCUUGGUGGAUGCACGCUUCCAGCUGCCAGCCUUUCCCUGGUUCCCUCACGUUAUCCAGCCCAAGCCCGAGAUCACCGCAGGAGGCAGCGGCCCCGCGGUGCUCAAGACCAAGCCACGCUUUGAUUUUGCCAACCUGGCCUUGGCCGCCACACAAGAAGAUCCCUCCAAGCUUGGCAGGGGGGAUGGUCCUGGCUCCCCCACUGCUGGGCUGGGUGCUCUCCUGGAUGUGACCAAGCUCUCCCCAGAAAAGAAGCCCACCAGAGGACGCCUGCCCUCCAAGACCAAGAAGGAGUUCGUCUGCAAGUUCUGUGGUCGCCACUUCACUAAGUCUUACAACCUACUUAUCCACGAGCGGACGCACACGGAUGAACGACCCUACACCUGCGACAUCUGCCACAAAGCCUUCCGGAGGCAAGACCACCUACGGGACCACAGAUACAUUCAUUCCAAAGAGAAACCUUUCAAAUGUCAAGAGUGCGGGAAAGGAUUUUGCCAGUCCAGGACUCUGGCUGUCCACAAGACGCUACACUCACAGGUGAAGGAGCUCAAAACCGCCAAGAUCAAAUGCUAAAAGCAGCCUCCGGGUCGCGAGGACGCUGGGUCAUGCCGCCCCCUCCUCCAGAGGGACCAGAAGCCAAGGCGACUUUGGCGGGCAGCGGGAGGGGCUCCUGGGACCUUACCCCAAACCAUGUCCCCCGAGUCCCCGGCGCACGCGGAGAACUCCAGAGCCACGCCCCGGGCCACGACCCCGGCCGCCCGGAUGGCUCCCCCAGGACGCGGCUAAACUCUUGGCCAAAAGGCGGUACUCACGUGGCGGAAGGGAAACUGCAUUUAUAAAAAAAAAAAGAAGAAAGGAAGGA